CUAGCAGACGACAUGCGCUUCGGAUGCUGUCGCAUGCUUUCCCUUGAAAACAUCAACGCGUCUCGGGAUUUAUCGAUGCUUUUCUUUUGAAUGUAUCGUUCGAUAAGUAUUUUUUAUAUGAUAUGAUCGGUCGCCGAACAUGCUUCACCUACGAGGACUUGUAUUUAACACCGUUAAUAAAAUCAAGACUCUCGAAUCCCGCGUUCCAUUGGUGCCUAACCUCAAAAUAAGACUGCCAUCGCUGUGCAGCGAUUCGUUCAGCUCCGAAACGAAAUCGCUGACGGCUGAUGCGAACGUGAGAAAGUAUUUGGAUCACCUUGUGGACGCUCAUCAAAACGGGGAUGUAAAAAAUGAGGUUGUCAGAGAAAUUUUAGGAAUACGAGCGUUGCCACGCUUGUUGGAAAAUAAACUGAAUAUAAUAGAGUCCAUGAAGAGCUUGGAGGAUCUUGUCUGCGAUAGUGCGGAGAUGAAGAAACUUGCCGAAGAGGAGGAAGUUUUGUACGAGCAACAGCUUCAAGAUAUAGACAAUAAAAUAUUGAACGUAAUCUUGGAGCAUCUGAACGACGAUAGUUAUGAAAAUGUUAUAUUAGAAAUUGCGCCAGGUGUAGGAGGGCAAGAGGCUAUGCUGUUUGCCAAGGAUCUGAUGGACAUGUAUACGGGGCAUUUGGAUUACUUGGGAUUGGAAUACUCCAUAAUAGAACUGGACGAGAACGACUUAGGUGGUAUAAAGAAAGCUGUUAUAGCAGUGACAAGUUCCGAGGGGUUUAACAAAUUGAAGUACGAGGGUGGAGUGCACAGGGUGCAAAGGGUACCGGAGACAGAAAGGUCGGGAAGGUUGCACACGAGUACAGCUACAGUGAUCGUAUUGCCGGAACCUAAGAGCAUAGAAAUUGAGCUGGAUGAGAAAGAUUUGACGAUAGAAGUGAAAAGAGCGUCCGGUGCUGGUGGACAGCAUGUGAACACCACAAACUCAGCGGUCAGGAUAACCCAUGUACCAACCGGCAUAGUUGUAAACUGUCAAGAGAGUAGGUCUCAGAUCCAAAAUAAGAAGGUGGCUCUAAUGAAACUGAGGAGCCUUUUGUACGAGCAACAGUCCGAGAACCAAAGCACGUUUAUCAGUAAGUUGCGCAGAAAACAAAUGGGUAUGAAGGCCAGGAACGAGAAGAUUAGGACGUACAAUUACAAUCAAGAUCGUGUGACGGAUCAUAGAAUAUCAAACGGCACGAUACACUCGUUGAAGAUCUUCAUGAAGGGCGGCCAAUUGUUGGAGGAGCUCGAGGAAAGACUUCAGAAGGACAUGCAGUGGAACAUGUUGCUGGAGAUAGUGCAGAAUCUGGGCGGUAAAUCGAAAAUGUAGGCGGGAGGGAAGGACGAUUUCAUUCAAACGUUCGGCAACAGAUUUUGAUAAGAAACGACUUCAUUUUACAUAGGCAAGCCAUUGUACAUAGCAAAUCGGUAAUAAACUCUGUGUAAUACAAGUAACA